CGCGACUUGUCUCGGUUUCGGUUUUUCCCCGGGUUAGUUAGAGACUGUAUCGAAGUCAGUGUGUUCUUACUGAAAACAUCAAUGGCUCAGUGGGGCUCAUACGGUUCUUACUGGCAAGGUGCUUGUCCAGGAUAUUAUGAUUAUACACAACCUGCUCAGACAUAUGAUUAUAAUCAUCAAACCAUUCCAGUUUCAUCAGUUCAAGAAAAACCUUCCACACCUCCCCCACCCGGAGUAGAAUCUACUGCUCCCAAGAUGGAUGGGACUGUUACAAUGACAAGCUCCAUUUCAGCAACUUAUGACACAUCGUGGUGUACUUCGACUCCAUUUCAUUCUCAAAACUUCUCUUGUGCUUAUAAUUAUUCACCUGCGCUCCCACCCCGUCAACCGGUCAUGUUCGACCCAAGUCCACAGAGGCCUGUGAUGCCAAACGUUUCGUAUCCUUCAUAUGGUUCUCCACAGUUCCCGUUGCAUAUGCGAAGUCAGUUAGGGUGUAACUGGAACGCAGCUAGACCUACUUAUGGUUAUCCAGUUAAUGGAGGUGCGGUUCAGUCGUUUGGUAUAUGGCCUGACGGAAGACCAUCUGUUCAUUCCAAUGGUUUGGCAGUGACGGGUCCACGGUUUCCAUUCCAGAGUACUUUAGAUUCUCCAAACACAGUGGCUAUUGAAAAUACUGCGAAUACCCCAAUUUCUAAAGAAGUCUUACAGCAACCACCUGCUAGUUUUCAGGACAAAGGAGCAAAAGAGCAGUGGAGCGAUGAACUCAAAGAGUACGUCCAGCGAGCUUUCUGCAGCAUUGAUACAAGUGAGGAAAAAGAUCAGAUGGAACGGAUUUUAAAAGAAAAAUUGGAGUACGUUUUUAGAAAUAACAUCAAGGUCGAUUGGAAGACAGAAAAUAUCCCAACUAUCCCUAGUCGUGCGAUUGCUAGUUUCCGUAAAUCCUUUAAUAUCAGGGGUAAUUCUGUCAAGUAAGCAGUACUUUAGUGUUUUUUUCUGUCAUUGGUAUUACCGUGCAUCUCUAUGCAUUUCUUCAAAAUCGGUUUAGGUAAAGAAAUCGAGGUCGUCCUGUAGUUCACCAGUUAUAUUGUACUUUCUGGAAAGUAGAUAUCUGGCUUGAUCAUUGUAUUAAGUGUCUAUUUAUUCAUAAGAUUUCCUGUGACAGGGUUUAUUAUCACAUUAUCGGCCAGUAUAUUCCUUCCUAAAUAAAUGUGAAUGUUACUUUGAUAAAAACGUUCCACAGUUCCCAUAGGUCUUGAUGAGUGCACUACCUCUAGAUGUAACUAAUUUAUCGGUUUUCCAUCAAUUGCAUUGAUGGCUUACAUCGUGUCAAUGUUGCCAUUGACAUGACUGUUAUUUGCAUGCUUCCAUUUGGCCAAUCUCUGGGUAGUAAACGGAUAAUUGGAGGAAUAGAAUUCAAAGUCUUAUCUCUAAAUGUUUGUAAGUGUGAAAUUGCACAUGGUACUGAAGCGAAAGACAAUUAAUUGUUUUCUUACAGUUUGCUAACUGAAAGUAUCGCUACUUUGACACUACACUAUGUUGUUCAUUGAGGUGUUAGCCAUCUGUAAUAUUUAUUUAAAGUGAUUGUAAGGCCAACUUACGGUGGAGUCUUACUGUAUUUGGGUCCAGUAACGAUCAUUCAUUCCAUAAAUCGUGGUAUUUUUUGUGUCAGAAGGUAAAGAUAUAAUGAUUCUGGUUCAGUUGUAGUGUUGUCAGGAAUUCCUGUGCAUGCGUUUAGGUACUUCUAGGUACUAAUUUCGACUUGUUAGUUUCUAUGAUCAUUUUGCGAUAGUUGAUCUAAGUCCUUUAAAUUUUACUGUACAAUUUAGGUUUUAAAUUGUCUUUUACUAAUAUUUAUGAGGUUGUCUAUUUUGUUUUACUUAUUUUAGUGGGACUUAAUAAAUAAAUGAUAAAUAAACCGAAAGUACUAGUAACACAUUUCAGUAAUGCUUUAAUUUUCCCUAAAUAUCUACUCACCUAUUAGUGACUGUUUUUAACCUCCUCUUUAAGUUGUAACUCAGUCAGUAAAUAACCUAACUGUGACUAAUUAGAUAUUUACAUUUUUGAAUGAAAUCGUUUAGUGUCGUGCGACCUGUUCAACUUCCCAGUCCUCGUGGACUUCGCCCAACGGGUCCAUCAAGGGGAGCUCCUGCACGUCUUCCUGUUGGGCUUUUGUCGAGAGGUGGCCGCAAUGUGUUUUCGUCUUCAGUUGUUAAGAGUAUAUCACCAUCCAAAAAGUUGCCAUCGAAAUCUCGCUCACCUAGUCGUUCUCCUGUUUCCAAACCUCUAAAAGAUUGGCAGAGAAAGCGUUUAUAUAGAUCCAGGUCUAGUUCAUCUUCAAAAUCACGUGGCUCCCCUCAUUCUUCAUCCUCAAGUAGUUUCAGGACAAAACGCCAUCGGCGUCGGGACUCUCGGUCGCGCUCUGGUUCUCGGCAUGCACAGAGAAAAACGAAUGAUGUAAAGGAUUCUCAGAAAAGUACACCGCAAUUAGCCACCAGGGGUAAUUCCAAAGGUAGACGGCGGAGACGCGGUGGUGCUUCGAACGCCGACCCAAGUACGGACGCAAAUACCUCUAAUGAAGAUGGAACAGCUGUAAGGGGUCGUGGACGUGGCAGCUGGCGUGGUAAACGUGGAAAUAUUUCAAAGCAUACUCCUCCAAGUGAAUCUCGCCUUACACAACGAGCCAGUAGAUUUAAAGAUCAUCUAGUACAGUCACCUAUUGGAUCAGGUUCCAUUGGACGAACCACCAGUCAUUUGCUUUCGAAUUACACUGACGAACGUGAUGAUCUAGCUGUUGAUUUUGGUAGCUGUCAAAUCAUUGGUACCAUGCAAGAAAUAGAAAAACAAUACUUAAGACUGACUCGAGCCCCAGAUCCUACAGAAGUGCGACCCUUAGCAAUUUUGAAGCUUUCUUUGGAGCACGUCAAAGAAAAAUGGCGUUCAAAUACCGAUUAUCAUUGGGUGUGUGAGCAGUUCAAAAGUAUACGUCAAGACUUAACUGUACAAGGUAUCGAAGAUGAUUUUGCAGUAUCAGUUUAUGAAGCACAUGCAGAUGUAGCCUUAGAAGCUGGUGAUUUUGAAGAAUUUCAUCAAUGUCAAAGUCAGUUGCUUCGUCUCCAUAAAGAAGGCUUAGGUGUUAGUAGACUGCUAGAAUUUACUGCCUACAGACUUCUUUAUUACAUCUUCACUCUCGAUAUUUUAGGUAUCAAUACUAUCAUGGCUGGUUUACGUCCAACUCACAAAACUAAUCCAUGUGUUUCAUUUGCUUUAAAACUCCGGUCAGCGUGGUCGUUGAGUAAUUAUCACCGUUUCUUCAAACUUCUUUGUCCAGCUAAUGAUGAUCAACAACCUCCUCUACGGUGCAAACAUGUUGUAAACUGGUUUGUUGAUCGUGAAAGAAAAGAGGCUAUCAGACUAAUGUUUAAGGUGUACGUUGUGUUGUGAUUUGUAAUAAUAGUUUUAUAACUUGUAGGUGGUAUUAUUAGGGUUACUAAUGGUAAGAUUGUUUCUAGCGUUAAAAGAAAGAAAAAGCUAUACUUAAUCAUCUAAGUUUGUUUAUGAUCGUUCAGGAAAUGGACUGUUUUUUCACUUAUCACAAAUAUUGUUUUAUUAUCACUAGCUAGUUGAUUUUAUUAUAACUACUGCUAUUAAUUAAUUAUUUUGACUGAUACUAGGAAGAACUAUGACAGUAGUCAUCAUCACAACACAAGAUAAUGAUAGUUUAUGUGAUGCUGUUAAUAUUUCUUCUGCUUGAACCGAUUGCAAGAUCUCAGUCAUUACAAAAUUCAGCGCCUUAAAUAUGGUUUCUAUUUAGGGUAAACAGUUUUGAAAUGAUCAUUGGCUUAAUAGUCACCCAGAUCUCGUAACCAAUGGUUGGAGACUCUGGAUGACAUGGCUCAGAAUCGAUCACAAAGGCGUGGGUGUAUACACUUUUCGUCUUCCCUUAAACCGUGAGAUUAAAAUUGCUUUAUACCUUUCUUUCUACGACCUGAUUCUUUCUCCCUGUAUCAUAUCAUUAUAUAAAAUCUUUCUUUCAUACAUUACUACCAUUGAAGUAACUAUUUCUGUGAAUUUAGUGUUCAUCUUGUGCUAAUAAGGUGUGGUAACUUGGACAGAUACACAUAUGUACCUGGUCGUACGUUGUAGCUGACUGACUGACUAAUAGUCAAUGUUGUAAUCUUGAUAAAGUUUCAGUCGAAAAUGUUUCCUUACGUAGUGAGGUCGUACUAAAACUGCACAAAUAUUGAACACCAAAACUGUCCACGUAUCAGUUUUUUUUUUAAAAAAAAGCAACUCUAUUAGGACAUUUUAUGCAACAAAUAUUUGGAAUUUUACGAAUUUUCUUUCACCACUAGAUCAUGUCACUUCAUUAAUUUUAAAAGUCGGAUGUGUUGUAGCUCACUAACUGACAGAUGCGUUGAAAGCGUAAGCUCAUUAAUAUUUAAGUUCUUUGUGUCUAUUAGAACGAUAGGCCUAUUUUUUCCUUUGCAGUAAUCAUCAAUAUGUAUACUCAGUUAGCCUUUGACAUCUAAUCUAACUUUUGUGCCCUCAAAUUUUGACGAUUACUUAAUAUUAGUCAGAUUAAUGUUUAACGUUAUGUGUUUUAGUAUAUUUUUUGUGCCUAUAUCAUAUUUAUCCGUCCUAGUAUGUUUGUAAGUUGUGGUAGUUUACUUUUUAAUGAAAAAUUAAUUUCAUGGACACGUUCCGCUUUCUCUCUUCUUGUACUUCAUUUGCUAUCGGAGAAGUCUGUUUCUUGUCAAUUUUGAUUCGAUGCUUUCUACUUAAGUAUACGUAUAUGCACUUAAUUUUUGUAAUUAAAUUUUUUCUUAACAGAUUUUUGUGCUUCCUUCAAAAUCAUAAAUCUUUAAGGUAUACGACUUUGUAAUCUUUUUACGUAUUCAGUUCAUGUUUAUGUUUUAAUUUUGCAUACUGAUAAUUCUGAAUUUUUUUCUAUUUACUACUAUCUGCAAAUAUCGUUUACGUGAAUUUCGCUUGAUGCCCUCAACGUAUUCGUUUGUUUUCAAUAUGGAUUCUUCCACUACACUUGCUAAUGUUAAUUGCUUAUUUCAAUUAUGAUCUUUUUUUCUGAUCUUUCAAACCCAUUUCCUACGAAAUAUCCCCACUUUUAGUUUCCGUCCUACAAUAAGUCUUUCGUUUAUAUCAAAAUUAAUCGGGUUUUCCUCUACUGCUUUAUGUAAAGAUUUUAUUUGUAAAGAAUUUACUCUACCAGAAUCCAAUUUGGAGCCAAUAGAAAAAAUCGAUGCGAAGGUGGUUUGGAGUCUUAUGUGUUCACAGUCAACAUGAAUCGAUGCUGCUACUUCAUCGUUCAUCUGGAUGUGCGUUCCUACAAUGUGGCAUUAAAUUCUUCAGUGACGGUUGUAUUUCGUAAAUAAUAUCAGAUUAUUGUACAUAAGUUUAUAUAUAUUAUCAGAAUAAUUUUAUUUCCACAUAUUUUUCAUUGUUCUCAUUGUCUUGGUUGGGACACGAGCGCUAAGGAAAAUUCUAUAUAUGAAGGUCUGUCUUACUCAAGUAAUUUUGCCGAUCACCACGUGGUGUCUGACGCUCCGUGUAUAGUUAAGUUGCAAUGUUACACUGGCAGGUGCUUGCUUAGCUUAAUAAGCUGUAGUGGUAGAAGUUAUAUAAUGUGUACAAUCUGUAUUCGCAUCUUAUUGCCGUACUCAUAGUUCUGGGUUAUGUACACUCAGAUACUCACAAGACUUAAGGUCUGAACAGAGUGUACCACUAACAUUUAGUAAUAUGUUGCUUUCACAAAGAUGGACUGAUCCAACUUUUAGAUGCAAUGUCUUUAGUAUGAUACGUAAAUAUCUUUGGCAAUCAGGUGCUUUGCUGUGUGGGUGUCUUGUUUGGUCCGGAUUUAUGGAUUAGUCUUAUUCCUAGCAUGUCAUGUUUUUUCUUGAGGGAUAACUAGUGUACAGCAAUUUAUUUCACUAGUCAGGUAAGGUUUAUUGAAGUAAACUGAGUAUGAGGCAGCUGGUUAUUUGUAUUUUCAGAGGAAUACACGUCUAUGAAGUGCCUUGUUUCAGUGCCAAAUACUUCGUUCAGUAACAUCCCUUAAGUUUGUCUAACUUGUGAUGCAAAGUGGAGGAAGAAGAAUCGAAGUGAGUGUAACAUCUCAAUGAACGUGAAAAUAGGGACUGAGAAAUAUAUUAUCCCGAAACAAAUGUAUGCCAUAAAAUAAGUUUUAUAAAGACGGUGAAGUAAGUGUUUAUUAGUCUGUUUGCAUUUAUUGGAUUGGACUCAACCCAAUACUAGACUGAUUUGCAAUCUGUCGGAUUUAGCAGUAACUUAUGAGUUAUGUAGCGAGCAGGAGUUACUCUUUGUAAGAGCUCCAGUUUGUAGUAUGCAUUAAAGAUAAUGUGGAAGACCUGUGUUUUGUGGAUGGAGUGUGUCGUCCUCAUAACGCUCGUUUUAUGAAUUUUCCCUCAGUUUAAGCCUCAUUCCUUCCAGACGCGGACUGCCGUAUUUAGGAAAGGGUAUUUGAGUGUUCGGUGUCAAAUGAGCUGACGCGUUGGUACCAGUCUGGUAUUUUGUCAUGGCUGGGGCCACGGGCUUUUGCGGUAGUUGGAAAAAACUUGUGCAAGGGGUUACUUCAAUGCAGUCAGAAGCAUGUUGGUUUAUUACACACCUAUUAUCAUAGACUGCAUUGGCACGUAAUCUGUGUGACAAUAUUGUUGGUGUAAUAACUGCGGUUGCUAUCGAAUUGGAUAUAUUCAGCUGUUUGAAUAGUAACAAUCACAACCGCACUGGGUGAUUAUCGUUUGCCUCCUGUCACGUUUGGACGUUACUGGAUCCUCCGAACUGCUGUAAAUUUAAUACAUCUAGCUCAUUUGUAAGCCAACCAUUCUUAAACAGCUUUCACAUCCUUUAGAAGGGUUUCGAAGUGAUUAUCAUAAGAGUUGAGGAGGCUUAAAUCUGCUCCUGUGGGUAUCAAAAGGUUUUUCUACAUGGUAGUGUAGGUCGAUUUGUAUUGGUAAACAGUUCAGUGUCGUUCACAGCAUUUGGUUAAAGCACUUGGGCCAUAUACGUGCCAUUUUCCAGCUAAUUUAACAGCUGUCGGAAAAUUGUUUUGUACUGGCUAUGCGUGAGUGCCUGUCCUAAGAUGGUGGUCACUUAAAUCACAGGCUUAUAUCCUUAUAUGAAAUCUUUUACAUAUUACUACUAUUGAAGCAACUACUAUUUAUUUGGUGUUCAUCGUAUUGUGUUAAUGAGUUAUGGCAACUUGAACUGAUGCAUACAUGUGCCUGGUCCUACGUUGUAGCUGACUGACUGGUCACGAGGCAGUUGCCUGGUUUGCUGUGAGGGGCUGAUGAAACGCCUCUGAAUCCCAAAAAGACCAUUUAGCAAACAGUUCACCGAAUAUCUCACAAAUUGCCGUUCCUAGUCAAGGUCAAAUACAACCAAUGGUCGUCGAUCAAUUGCUUACCAUGGACAGGUGCUUUGACGGGUUUUUGAGUCGGGGUUUUGACGUGAAGUUUUAUAGCAACAGGAUAGACAUCACUAAGUUUCAUGGUAGCUUUUAACUGUUCGUUAGCUGAGUCCCCUGCUGGACUGAUCGUGCUUGCCGUAUCUUAGUGUAACUAUCACAUAGAGGCUUCCUAAACAAGGAUAUUUCAUUCUUACUCGUAUGUUACAGAAAAUUCGUUACAGUACAUGUGGCGGUGGUUUUGUUCUGUUUCUUUCAACGAGUACUACUGAAACAUUUCUGUAAUAAUGUUAUGUUUCUCUUCACACAUCAUUAUGUCGGAUGACAACGUCUAUUGAAAUUACAUGCCAUCAAUUAACCUUGACUAUCUCGAUUGUGUAAUUAGAAGUAUCUUAGUUUCAUGUACACUGAGCAUAAGUGAUUGCUGAAGUUGUUGGUAGGGCUAUUCAACGAUGUACUGUAUGAAUUUGGCUGACAGAUUAUAUGGGUGAAUCGUUUUCCCAUCUAAUUUUUUUCGUGGACCGAUCCAAGUUAGAUAAUCAUUUGAAACCAGAUAGCACUAAAGUCAUUGCCAGUUGAGUUGAACAGUUGCGUAUAUUAGACAGUUACUCAUGAAAUACGAUCAAAGAUGGUG